CGUGGUUUGUCGUCACGUGACCGGAACAAAACAAAGUCUGUCCUUUUGCAGCACGUUGCCUUCUCCUCUCCGCUAGCAGACCUCCUCCUCUGAGCCGUGAAUCCACAUAAAGAAACACUUAAAAAUGCCGAAAACAAAGCAGUCAAAAAGGAGGCAAAAGUUUGACUAUAACCUGGACCGAAAGAAGCUAAAGAAGAAGUUCAUAAAGAAAUGCAACCCGAGGAUAGAGAAUCGACAGAUCAGAAAUGCUUGGGAUGAUAAGAAAUCCACGGCCAGCAACCUGCAGGAGAUGGGUCUGUCUUUUGACCCCAACCGCAGUCAGCCCAUAAAGAAACAGAAACUCCUCGGUAACAACAAAGAGACUCGAGCUCCCGCCGCCAUCGUGACUAAACCCUACGUCCUAAACCUGCUGGAGGAGGAGGCAGGUCUCCAAGAGAAAGACACCAAGACGUUAUCCUCCGACCUGGUCGAGUACGUUCAGCAUAUGAUCAAAGAACACAACGAAGACUUCAAGGCCAUGGCCAGAGACGAGAAGAAUUACUACCAGGACACCCCCAAACAAAUCAAGAGGAAAAUAAACGAGUACAAACGCUGCCACCAGCAGCACUACGAGGCUUUCAUGAGCUCACUUGCUCCUCCUCAGCAGAUGGACCAAUAAAGAGCCUGACAGACUGGUUACAGACUUCUAUCUGUCUGUGUGUCAGGAGGAGAACGACCUCACCCUUAAGAGACUGUCUGACUGUGACAGCAAAUACACAUCACCUGCUCUCAAAGUAAGCACCAGUGACAGGAAGAAGAGACGUCUGUGUCUUGUUAUGGAUCCUUUAUGUGGUUUUUGGACGUUUCCUCGCCCGUCAAGGUUUCAAGUUUUUUUUAUUUUUCCAGUUCAUCCUGAUUCACCGCCCGCUCUGUGGGCUCACGUUACAAAUGUCAAAUGUAAAAGAAAGAUGUAUUUUUAAUUGUAUCAUAAAAAUAACUUCAAACUCA